AUGGCGAGGUGUACGGCCCCGCCGAGCGCGAGGCAGCAGCCGGCGCCUCGCCGCGGUCCCGAUUUCAGCGCGGCUCAGGUCCUGGAACAGAUAGCCUCCAGCGUCGACCGAGAAGACGAAGAAGACUUUUGCGAUUCCGAAGAGGAGGACGUUUCGGAAGACGAAGACGGCGAGGAAUACGACCCCGAACUCCGCCACCCCGGCCCCGCGGUGACGCCCGGCCCUACGGCCUACGCGGCGUCGCGUGCGCUCGACAUCGAGUCCACCUUCCGGCUGUUUGUCACGCCGGCGAUAGAAAGGAUCGUCGUGAACAUGACCAAUCUGCAGGGGGUGAGAAAAUACGGCGACGGCUGGCGACCCAUGGACUCGGUCGACCUGCGCGCCUACCUAGGGCUGCUAAUCCUAGCGGGCGUCUACAGGUCCCGGGGCGAGGCCGCGGCCAGCCUGUGGGACGCGGAGAGCGGCAGGACCGUGUUCCGAGCCACCAUGCCGCUCAAGGUCUUUCACAAGUACUCGAGGCUGCUGCAAUUCGACGACCGCCGGUCGAGACCCGCGAGACUCGCCGCAGACAGACUGGCGGCCAUAAGAGAGGUCUGGGACCUGUGGGAGGAGCGGCUGCCGGCCCUCUACAACCCGGGGCCCGACUUGACGGUGGACGAACAACUGGUCCCGUUCAGAGGGUGCUGUCCUUUCCGACAGUACAUCCCCAGCAAGCCGGCCAAAUACGGAAUCAAGUCGUGGGUGGCCCGCGACGCCAAGUCCAGCUACGCUUGGAAGAUGCAAGUCUACACCGGUAAGGCGGCCGGCGGAGCCCCCGAGAAGAACCAGGGCGCCCGCGUCGUCCUCGAUCUCACGCAGGGGCUGCCCGCCGGUCACAAUGUCACCUGCGACAAUUUCUUCACCUCCUACGAACUCGGCCAGCGGCUCCUCGAGAGGAACCUCACCAUGGUCGGCACGGUGCGAAAGAACAAGCCCGAGCUCCCUCCAGCGCUGCUCCAGUAUAAGGGCAGACAGGUCUCGUCCUCCAGGUUCGCCUUCACGCCCACCGCCACUCUGGUGUCCUACCUGGCAAAGAGAAAUAAGAACGUGCUGCUCCUGAGCACGCUGCACGCGGAGGCCGACGUCAGCGAUCGCCACGACCGGAAGCCGGCCCUCAUCCUAGACUACAACCGCAACAAGGGCGGCGUGGACAACCUAGACAAGGUGGUCGGCACCUACAGCUGCAGACGGAUGACCGCCCGCUGGCCCCUGGUCAUCUUCCACAACAUCCUCGACGUGUCCUCCUACAACGCCUUUGUCAUAUGGCGAGAGAUCAAGCCCGACUGGAUGCCUCGGAAGCGGAACAAGAGGAGGGUGUUCCUAGAGCAGCUGGGAAAGGCGCUUGUCAAGCCCUUGAUACAAAGAAGGCAGCGUCUCCCCCGCACCGAAGCCGCGUUCGCGCUCGUCAAAGUCCUGCAGAGUGCCGACCGCGACGCCGCUCCUCCGCCGGCCCGGGAGCACGCCGCCGGCCCGGACGCCGCUGGCCCGGCCGCCGCCCCGCUAGUGGCGAGUAAGAGGAAGAGGUGUCAGCUCUGCCCGCCCAAGAAGGACGCCAAGACACACACGGCGUGCUGCAGGUGUAAGAAAUACAUCUGCAAAGGCUGUUCACACGCCUACUGUCACACUUGUGCCCUCUGGGCCUUUAGCCGAUACGGGACAGGGUGA